UUCUUUUCCACCAUGAAGCUCUUGGUUCUCUCGGCACUCGUGGUCGCAACUUACGCGGCACCUCAGGGCUACAAUUUAGCCUCGCCAUCGGGAGGUGGAUUCUCCCAUGGUGGAGGUCACUCAUCUGGAAGUGGCAUUUCUAGCGGAGUUUCCGGUGGAGGAUUCUCAAGUGGCGGUGGAAUCUCUGGUGGAGGAUUCUCCAGUGGGGGCGGAAUCUCUGGCGGAGGAUUCUCAAGUGGCGGUGGAAUCUCUGGUGGAAGUGGCAUUUCUAGCGGAGUUUCUGGUGGAGGAUUCUCAAGUGGCGGUGGAAUCUCUGGCGGAGGAUUCUCAAGUGGGGGUGGAAUCUCUGGUGGAGGAUUCCCAAGUGGUGGUGGAAUCUCUGACGGAGGAUUCUCCGGUGGAAGCAGCGGUGGAUUUGGUGGUGGAUCUGGAGGUUCCGCUGGUGGGUGUCGUGAUGGAGAGAUCCUGCAUGUGGAUGGAUCCUGCGUUGUUCCUGUAAUCACCAGAAAUGUGUUUGUGUAUGAUGCUCCUGAACAAUCUCAGCAGCCAAGCGGUCCACCACCAAGUGUCCCACCACCAAGAGUUGACCAUAACGUUCUGUUCGUGCGUCUUCCUGAAGGAGGAGCAGGUCCUGAACCCAUCAUUGUUCCUCCACCAAGGCAAGAGAACAUCGUGUAUGUCCUGAACAAGAACGACGGAGCAGGAGGCCAGCGAGUAAUCGAGGUUACUGCUCCUCCAGCUACCAAUCCCGAGGUGUACUUUGUCAACUACGAAGAGGGAGAGAACCCAACUCUUCCUAUUGGUGUGGAUCUUGAGACUGCUCUCAACGCUGCCGCUAGUGCUGGCGGUCAAGUGAUCGGAGGCGCUGGAGGAGCAGGUGGCUUUGGAGGCGAUGGAGGAUUUGGCGGUAGUGGAGCAGGUGGUUUUGGAGGAGAUGGAGGAUUUGGCGGUAGUGGAGCAGGUGGUUUUGGAGGAGAUGGAGGAUUUGGUGGUAGUGAAGCAGGUGGUUUUGGAGGAGAUGGAGGAUUUGGGAGUAGUGGAAGUGGAGGAUUUGGCAGUGCAGGUGGGGUAAGUGGAGGAAGCGGAGGCUUUGGUGGAAGUGGAGCAGGAGUUAGCGGAGGAUUUGGAGGAAGUGGAAGCAGUGCUGGUACUCCAUCCACUUUAUAUUCUGGUCCUUAA